UAUGGAAUUUCUCCCGCGAACUGCAUUUGUUUGUGGUUUCUGUUCGUUGAAGAAAGGCUUGAUUUUCCGAGAGACAAAAUAUGUGAUCGAUGGUUUUCUUUCACAACAUUAACCCCGGGGCUCGCGUCCAAGUAAAAUGGCGAGGGGAAAUUGAGGACGGAACUAUCCGAUACGUGGGGAAAUUGGUGACUAAAGAUGGCGAUUGGGCUGGUCUUGAGCUAGACAAUAGAGGUAGUGUUAACAAGCUUAUAAGUGGUGCUUCGAUCUUUUUGAAAAAUUUAAAUCAUUCGUAACAGGGAAAAUGAAUCAAGGUCAAGUUUAUAUCGAUGUCUAAAGCCCAAGUUUUUGGUGAUAAACGUUGGACUGAAAUGUCCUUGUGUGGGCAAGUACGUUGUUGGGGUGACAUGUACCAAUGCCUCGUCUUUUAAUCGUAGCUGAUCGAAACAGUUGUUUGAUGGUAAGGAAUAAGCAAGAGGUCAUUCUGUUUGAGUUCUCUAAAACCUUCUUAUUUAAACCUAUCAAUAUUUUUUACCUUCAUUAAGCUUUUAAAAAGUAUGAAAUGCCAAUUUGAAAAUAUAUACAGCCCUGCAGCAAAAAAUGCACCCUAGCCAGAUAGUAGUGUGAAUUGGUUGGUAAGAGACAUUACACUUGAUCCAACAAGAUUGAACAAGUAAUAAUGAUCUCGAGUCUAAGAAGCCGCAGACAGCUGUUUUUGCUUUCUUAGUCUUCAUCAGUAGAGAGCAGCUAUGACUUAGGGCCGCAUCUUCCCAAAAAAGCAAUACCGUUCUGUAAGUCAUCUGGUGAACAGCUGAACGUGUAGUUUCAGGGAGAGGGGGGAUAUUCUGGUGUCUAUGAGGCCCUGUUAGGGUAAAUUUCCGACAAGCGUAAUGGCCUUGAAACAGCGAAAUGGGACAGCAGAAAUUUCUUUUCGGUUACUUUUUUUAAUUUAGUUUUAUUUCUCUGCCCACUAUGAAAAUAUAAUAUGGUGUCAUUGCAUGUGUAUUGUAAUUAUUAUUUGUUUUUCUUUUGUUUCAUUUUCAAUGUAAUUUGAAGCUUUGUAUUUACUAUUUGCAAUGAACUUUUUAAAUAUAUAUAAAGAGAAAUUGUGAUAAACAACACAAAGAUGGGUUGAGGCCACGACUCUGACAGAAAAGCACAAAUACAAUAUUAUUGUAAGAUACCGACACAGACUCAAUACGCAAAACGACCAGUUUUGGAAUUCAGACUAGGGACAUAUGUAACCCUCCUCAGGGGGCCCCCUCUGUGACUGCUCCUUCUCCUCCUACCUCAUAUAUCCCAAUCACGUUUGUCUCUGAAGUGAAGCCCCUUACAUUCUGUAAGAAUUUGCAGAAUUGGCAUCUAAUAUCUUUACAAUAUUUUAAAUAACUCCACCACUAUCACAUAACCCUCAAACUUAGAGUAGAAAACCAAAAAAACCGGUGAAUUCAACACCAUGUUGAUAUUUUGUCUUUGCUAUGAUUUUCAGUUGGUAACACAAGCGGUCUGUACAAGGGCAUCCAGUACUUUCACUGCAGAGAUGGAUAUGGCAUAUUCACUCAUGCAAGAAACAUCAGAUUUGUUCCAAGCAAAAGAAGGUAAGUCAAGCUUUGCAAACAUAGAAAACUACAGAUUUUGUUAAUACCUAAUUUUAAAAUGAGCUUAUCACAAGAUGGUGUAGUUGAUCUUAUGGAUGACAAUUCCCUCAUUACAGGUUACAUGAUACCUACAGGCCAGUUUCUAAAACCUCCUUUGUAGACGAGACUCUCUUUGCUAGGACUGAAGGUACAGAUACUUCUUUCACAUUUUCAAUUUUCAAUUCAGCAACAGCUAGGAAGAUCUAGCCACUUAUUUUUAGACCCUGAAAAAUGUUCUGGCUGGGAUUUCAAAUCAGCACCUCCUGCUCAACCCACAACCCUGCAUGUGAAUACAGAUAUAUUUAAGUGUAUCAAUUCAACAGAUUGUUUUCACUCACAUGGCCAGCAGCUAUUUGAAUUUUUUUGCGAUAAAAGGAAGUGUUUGUAUAACAAAAAAUUCAACUGCCACGGGAGGCCUAAGCUAAUUCUAAUGAUAAAUUAUUAUAAUUUUUUAUAGCUCGAUUCAAAUCUAUGUUCUCUUCCUCCUCAACAGUGACGCCAGUGAAAAGCUACUCUGAUCCUGAGGUUAUAUCACACAAAUACCUUAACAGAGUAAAGACAUUGCUUCAAGGUCAGUAAUUAUUUUCACUUAUUCUAUUAUUAUUUGACUCCAGUUCUCUAACCACUCCAUUAUUAGCAUUUAGUGACUUACCUUAUUGUUUACAGUGCUCUUAGGACUGCCAUGUAAAUGCCAGCAUUGGAGAGGUUUUGUUUAACUUUUGAAUUGCAUUUAUCUUUAUUUAUCAAUUUUAAUUUGCAAUAGGUGAAGACGCUUGGUCUGAUUUAAAGGCAAUUAAGUUCAAUAAAAGCCACUCGGUUGGAGCACACAUCCCUUGUGCAACAAGCCAAAGAAGUCCAUCAGCAAUGGCAAUGAACCCAAGGGAAGAUAACAGCUGGAAGACGCCAUUUAUUUCCCCUUCUUCUAUUCCUAACAUCCACGUUCCACGGCCAAUUCUCAGGCGAAUGCUGAGAAUGGAAUACUUUGGUACAACAAUACCAAGGCAUUCUAGUCUCUCCUGAUGAAGAAACAUCUAUAUGUAACAACCCAUGCUCACCAAAGGUUUUGAAGAUAUGUUCAUGUUUUGGGUGAAGAUUUAAGGCGUGUUUUAGCAAAGUUUAGAUACUAAAUUUUUUAUUUACUGAGAUGUAUUAGUUUCAACAGCAAGAAGUAGAGUCUUACCCUUUGAGACAGACACCAAAGAGAAAUUUCUGAUGCUCCCCCUGUUGUAUGUUAAAUCCAUUUUCAGACCGUUCAGCCAGUAUUCAACACUAGGUAUAGUGCAUGCCUGAUUAAAUGAGCCGUGGUGCCAGCCUGGUUUGUUGGGCUAGUUUGCUUUAGCAAAAUUGUGGCAUUCUAAU